AAUACUGGGCAAUGUUUAAUUCCCACGAUUAUUUAUUCACCCCUGUUUCCGUGGAUAUCCGUGAAGAUUUAACAGUUUUCAGCGCAAUGUCCUGUCGUUAGUUAUCGGUGAGUGCUCUUUGUCGUAACCUCACAGCCAGCAGGGGACGGCGGACACUGUCACACUGAACUUCCCGUCAAAAGGCAGCACAGGCGAAAAGAGCUGCUUCUGCCGACAAAAAGGGGAACGACGUCCGGGGUUGUCAAGUGGAGAGGACAUACUCAGUUCCACAAGGCGUCUGGGCAGAGAAACGGUGCCAUUGUGCUCCUGCCAGCUGAGUGUGAGUAGAGACGGGUUUGGUGCUCUGCUGAUUAGCCUGCGUGGGUUCCUGCAGAGAGACAGGGAGCAGCGCAGCUACUAGCACAGGGUGUGAGUGACUGAGGGGUUUGUUCUAGGCACAACCGGGACAUUUAUCCAACAAAUAGAUGCUAGGUUUACUCAUGGAAUCCUUUAUCCGAUAGUUAUCCCUCCCCUCCCCUCCCUGUACCCCCCAUCGGACCCUGGCUCGGAUUCGCCACUCGGUCGCUGUCCUCACCGGGGGGUUCCGGUUCACCAUCGCCCGGUGCAGCUAACUCCAGGCGGCGGUUCGGUCCCCCUGACCCCUGCCUUGCCUUGUUCGUCUGCCGCUCUGGCCGACCCUAGCCGAGCCCGAACAUGGCAGGGAACCUGAAGAAAGGAGGGGGGCUAAUCGGAAUGAUGAAGGAUGCCUUCCAGCCUCACCAUCACCACCUCCACUCCCAUCACCAGCCAGGGACCGUGGACAAAAAGAUGGUGGAGAAAUGCUGGAAACUAAUGGACAAGGUGGUGCGCCUGUGCCAAAACCCCAAACUGGCUCUGAAGAACAGCCCCCCUUACAUCCUAGAUCUGCUGCCAGACUCCUACCAGCACCUGCGCACCAUCUUGUCUCGCUAUGAGGGCAAAAUGGAAACCCUGGGGGACAACGAGUACUUCCGGGUCUUCAUGGAAAACUUGACCAAAAAGACCAAGCAGACCAUCAGCUUGUUCAAAGAGGGCAAGGAGCGCAUGUAUGAGGAAAACUCGCAGCCCAGGCGGAACCUCACCAAGCUGUCGCUGAUCUUCAGCCACAUGCUGGCUGAGCUUAAGGCCAUCUUCCCCAAUGGCCUGUUUCAAGGCGACAACUUCCGCAUCACCAAGGCGGAUGCUGCUGAGUUCUGGAGGCGUGCCUUUGGAGACAAGACCAUCGUGCCUUGGAAGGUGUUCCGUCAGUCUCUCCAUGAGUUUCAUCCCAUUAGCUCUGGACUGGAGGCCAUGGCCCUCAAGUCCACCAUAGACCUCACCUGCAAUGACUAUAUCUCUGUAUUUGAGUUUGACAUCUUCACCAGGCUAUUCCAGCCUUGGUCAUCCCUGCUGCGGAACUGGAACAGCUUGGCAGUUACACACCCAGGAUACAUGGCCUUCCUCACCUAUGAUGAGGUCAAAGCACGUCUGCAGAAGUUCAUCCACAAGCCUGGAAGUUACAUCUUCCGACUAAGCUGUACACGGCUGGGCCAGUGGGCCAUCGGCUACGUGACAGGAGAUGGAAACAUACUGCAGACCAUUCCCCACAAUAAACCCCUUUUCCAGGCCCUUAUAGAUGGCUUCAGGGAAGGAUUCUAUUUAUUUCCUGAUGGCCGGACUCAAAACCCUGACCUGACAGGGCUGUGUGAGCCUUCGCCUCAAGACCACAUCAAAGUCACACAGGAGCAAUAUGAGCUGUACUGUGAGAUGGGUUCCACUUUCCAGCUGUGUAAGAUCUGUGCUGAGAAUGACAAAGAUGUGAAGAUUGAGCCCUGUGGUCAUCUCAUGUGCACCUCCUGCCUCACUGCCUGGCAGGAGUCCGAGGGUCAGGGAACAGGAUGUCCCUUCUGUCGCUGUGAGAUUAAGGGUACAGAGCCUAUUGUCGUGGAUCCUUUUGACCCCAAGGACAACAGUGGGGGCUCCUGCAGGGGCAGUUAUGGGGCUGAGGGUGCUCCAUCACCCAGCUAUGAUGAUGAUGAUGAUGACAGACUUGAAGACCCCCACCUCAUGAUGACCAAACUUGCCUGCACUAAGGUGGAGCGCCCCCCAUCACCCAUGUCAGGUGCUCCUCAGUCCUCUCUUCCUCCUGUGCCACCCAGACUAGACCUGGUACCACACAGACCUCCCAACCCCCCUGGCGCCUCCAGCCCAGGGGUCACCACUAAGGCAGCUUCUCUCCACAAAGACAAGCCGCUUCCUCUCCCCCCAGCACUGAGGGAUCUUCCUCCUCCUCCUCCUCCAGACCGCCCCCACACAGCUGGGACAGCUUCUGACGGACGUCUGCAGAGGCGGCCCUUACCAUGCACUCCCGGGGAGCCCUCUCGAGAUAAGCUCCCUCCUACACCUCCAAACCGGACCCUGCCUGACUGGAACUACAGGCCUGUUCCCAAGGCCCCCACUUCCUCUUCCUCGUCAUCCUCCUCAUCUUCCUCAUCCACCCAAGUGUCCAGUCUGGGAGUGGACAUUCGAGCAGGUGUCAGGGAACUCUCCAACCGACACUCCCUCCCCUUAGCACUGCCCUCAGCUCUGGACGCCCGCUCAGACUCACAGAAGAACAACAGCUCCCUCAGUCUGGAUCACCAGCUGAAUUUUGCCACAGGAACCUCUCAAGAUUAUGACAACCCCAAAGUCAAGCCCUCAGUCUCAGCCAAUGCUAUCUAUUCACUGGCAAACAGACCACCUUCAGCCUUCAGGCCAGUGACAGGUGAGGAGGCACGUGACAGCGAGGAGGAUUCGGAUUACAUGGUCCCCUCGUCUCGCCCUGUCCUGCCCCCCAUCACAGCAGCACCUGCAGGGGAGACCCCACCAGUCCCGAGGCCCCCCCAGCCUCAGUCUCUUUCAGCACUCCAAACACAGACCCAAGCCUUCACACUCAACUCACGGCUGACUAUGGCUGAACUAGAGGAUGGACCACAAAUGUAUGAAGCUAUGUACAACGUCCAGGCCAGGUCACAACAAGCUAGAGAUUCAGACUAUUCAGAGUUGCCCCCUCUGGCAACAACCAACGGGCCCAGAGACCAGACAUCCGAGGACAAAGAAGAAGAGGAAAAUGGCUAUGACUUUCCAAAGCCCCGGCUGCCAAUGCCGCCAGCUCGACGGACCUUUUCCGAACUAGGGGGUUCAGCUUCUUCAUCUUCAUCCUCCUCAUCAUGCUCAUCAUCCACAGCUGCUUUCAGUCGCCACUCUUUAGAAGCAGAUGCUGGCGCUGCAGCAUCCUUCUCAGAGCCGGGCGAAGCACCAGAGAGACCUCCAAAGCCCCUGCCCAGACGAAUCAGCUCGGAGCGUCGACAUAGCCCUGUCCCACCUGUCCCUGCUCCACCUAACAGUGGGGCAACAGGAGGAGAAGCCAACCCCCAAAUCACUAGUGAGAUCGAGCACCUCAUGAGUCAGGGAUACUCCUACCAGGACAUCCAGAAAGCACUGAUGAUUGCACAGAACAAUAUUGAAAUGGCCAAAAAUAUCCUACGUGAGUUUGUGUCUAUUCCCUCUAGUGCGCAUAUUCUUACAUAGCACACUCCUUGUGCCACUCUAGUGUUUGCUCUCUCGCCCUAGCUUGGCCCAACCUGGUUGGGUUUAGGUUGGCACAGGCCAGCCCAAAGCCCAAAGCCCAUUGCCUGCAGCACCACCUCCGGUGCUGGCUGACGCCCUAGCCCUACGCCCCAGUGGAUUUUUAACUGGCUUUUACUCCAGCUAGCUCACAGCAUCUCUGGGUCUCUGCACCCUGCACUCCAUGCGCUUUCAACAGUGUCUGGCCUUUUUAAAACUGCUACAGCAGGCCUCUUUGUUCUCAAGAAAGCCUCUGUGCGACUGACUGAACACCUGUGCAACAUUGAUGGGACACCACAACACAAGACUUUUCAUAGGAAUCCUGGAAAGACAUUCUUAAUUUUCAUGUCAAAGCCUCUUGCUGAAAAUGUAACCAACACCUCACAAAUAAAACUAAAAAUGUAUGUCUAUAUGAGAAUUUAAUAUAUGAAUAAAUAUACAUCUAUUAAAUGUGUGUAAUAUAUACAAUAUGUGCAUAUACAGUAUGUGAAAAUGAUUUCAGCUUUGAAGGUCACUGUUGGUACAAGCAGUAUGGGUAGACGGGGACCAGAUUAAAGGGGGUUUGGCCCUUUCUGUCAGACUGGAGAAGUGCUUAUAAGGGAGCGGAAGAGUUGGGGUGUCUUCCUCACUCUAGGACAUGUUGUUCAGCAGCUGUUUAGAGGACAUGCAGCUGAGCUUUUUUCUGAUUAAUUCAGCCUGUUACGGCCUUUGAAAACCACAUCGCUUUGGUACUUUUUUUCUUUUUGUAGAAAAACAUGCCCGUUUUGUCACGUUGUAUUUUUUCAAAGUAGCAUGACGAUGGUUUCAGGUCUGGACUGUCGAAUGGCAGCGUGUGUCCGUGUGUGUAUGUUUAAGUGAGCAUGCGCGUGUGUGUGUGUGUGUCUCUGCCAGACCUGCUCCUCACAACCUGCUCUUAAACGAACCCCUGAUCCUGUACAAGCUGAAUGUGGAUUUCCAGUCAGUAUACUCAGACUCGUGCUCUGUAAACGUACUACUGCUCUAACUCAUGGCAGGGCCCAGUGUAGCUGUAGAGCCUGGCAGUGAGAUUAUUAGAGGACGUACUAAUGUAGACGACCCUGCAGUACCAGACAGGCUAGUGCUGUAUGAUCUGUGGCGGCUGAAACAUUUUCAUUCUGUCUUUGUUCACUGGCUGGCUGGUUCAGGUUUCUGUCAGCUCAGUCCAAUGAUUUUGAAACGAAAGAAAAAAUUGUCAUUGAUUUACUUUGGUAAUAUAUUAUUGUAAUGUUGUCAUAAAUAUGAUUAUAAUUAAUUCAGAAGUGCUUCACUGCUGCUGCUAUUGUUAGUGCUAAACAAUUAAGCCUUAAAUGUACAUUUGUGAAUAUUGUGUUUUAAUGUCAUCCUGUUUCUUCGAAGUGACAGUAUCAUCUGUGUUUCUCCAGACCAUAAUGUAGCAUACUUGAAAGUACGGUUUGUGAGCCCGAAUCCCUCUCAAGCUGUCGAUUCUUCAGUGUUUGAAAAGUUUAGUUUUUAUAAAUUUGUUCUCCACAAGUAGACUCUGUACAGCAACAGUAAUAAAACAAACAAAAUGCUUUGGGUAUAGAAACCAACCAUUCUGUAAUGGAUCGAUGCUUCUCUUUGACGUUCCCUUUCUCCAAGGGCAGUCCUCCUCACUGAAAGGGAGGGAUGUACUGAGGCUUUUUGCUUUUAAAAGUAGGCUCAUGGGUUUGCUGGCCCACCCCCAGGUCUACAUAGAAAUCAGUAUUCGGGCCACCUAUAAGAAAUAACUCAGGAAUGUUGUUAAUCUAAACAAGUGGCGUUCACCCUGGCUGUCAAAAACCAGAGGAGAUUGAGUGGCAUAGACAGCAACUGCUCACCUCCGUUUAUCCAGGAGUCGUAGCCAAAAGCAUCCAUGUAAUGAAGUCACACAGGUAGCCUUUUUUUUUUUUUUUUUAAAUACACUAUAACUUGAACAUUAUUUGUAUUAUUUCACAGCAGGACUAGAGAUGGCUUCAUUUUCAGGUACUAUGAAUGAGUAACAAAUUAAAGGAGCUUGUAGGUACAUUGUCUUGAACCUCUCGCAGCAUAUGAAGGAAGUUUUGGGGAGGUCAUGUCAAUAACUAAUCAGCCCUAGCCUAUUUUGGGUAAUGGGAUCUGUUGACUGGAAGCCAUCUCUGUGCUGUCUGGCCAUCUAGUUUAAUCUGUUUCUGUUCCUAGUUGCCUUGACAAACUUCUUGAAUGAUGGGUAAUGGACAGGGAGCUCCACAAUCCUCAAUAUUGUACCAAUGUUUUGUUGAUGUUUGCAAGGAAAGUGUCAUUAUUGCGUUGUUUUGUUUUCAGGCAGUAUACCAAUUUGUGCUUUGAUACUGUCACUCUAAAGAAAAGCUAAUUGUAUAAAGUUAGUCCUAUGAAAAGGAAAAAAAUGGGUGUUUGAUUUCCUUUUGCAUUCCCAUUCCAAAGGUUCUGUUUACGUAUGAAUAAUUGGUGAGCAGUGCCAUAUGUUUUCAAAUCCUCACCAUGUUAAGCACAAGGCCUUGUUAUUGAAGACGGUUUGUAGGUAUUGAUCUGUGCCUGGUGAUCUCUGAAGGCGCACUUGUGCAGUGUUGUGCAUGUUAAUCUGUUCUGUCUGCCGCAUCAGGCCUGAUUAAGUGCUACUCUGUGACAGGCCUCGGUUUCUUACCUGAAAGAUAAACCAGGUCCCAGAUCAGUGCUCAGCCUCAGAGAUGCUUGUAAUCCUCAAUCACUCUGUUAUGGUACUUUGACUUUCUGCCAGAAGGGGGAGCAGUUGUUCCAUGUGGCGGUGUCGCUUGUCAUCAUUACAAAGUCAUUGAAUAGUCUUUUUGAUGGUUUUUAAAGCUCAUAUCACUUUGGACGUAUGCACAGUGCUGUUAAUAAAAUAAGCAAAACCCA